UUGUGACGUCUCGCGCUCCGAUAGGCUGCGGGCAACUCGGCCCCGCCUGCCCGCGCCGGGAACGCGCCGGCGCGCUGACGUCACGUCCUUUCCUCCUCCCGGCAGCCGUUCGAGAUGGCGGACACGCAGACGGAGCGGGCCUACCAGAAGCAGCCUACCAUCUUCCAGAACAAGAAGCGCGUGCUGCUGGGGGGCCUGUUUUGCAGGGGUGGGGGUGGGGAGGCCUCCCCCACACGGGAUGCCAUCGAGGGCACCUACAUCGACAAGAAAUGCCCUUUCACCGGGAACGUCUCCAUCCGCGGACGCAUCCUGUCCGGUGUGGUCACCAAGAUGAAGAUGCAGCGUACCAUCGUCAUCCGCAGGGAUUACUUGCAUUACAUCCGCAAGUACAACCGGUUUGAGAAGCGCCACAAGAACAUGUCGGUGCACCUGUCCCCCUGCUUCAGAGAUGUCCAAAUUGGAGACAUUGUGACUGUGGGGGAGUGCCGUCCGCUCAGUAAGACUGUCCGAUUCAACGUUCUCAAAGUCACAAAGGCGGCUGGCACCAAGAAGCAGUUUCAGAAAUUUUAAAGGCAGCUAAUUGGGAAACCCAGGAUCAAUAAAUCUUUUGUUAAAACUUA